AUGACAUCAGUAAAACAUCCCAAAAUAAGUGUCUUGGGGGCAGGGGAUAUAGGUUGCGCUUUGGCUCAUAUGAUUUGUGAAAAAAAUUUAGGAGAUGUCGUUUUACAUGAUUUUCGUAAAGAUUUACCAAAAGGAAGAGCGUUAGAUAUAUUACACACAAGACCAUUAAACAGAUCCAGGAUAAAUAUAUUAGGAACAAAUGAAAUAACCGAUAUUAAAGAUUCUUUAGUUGUAGUAGUAACAAUAGAAGUAUCUGAGAGAGAAUUUGCUGAAUUUGAUGAAGAGGAUUUAGAAAAACAAGUAUAUACAUCUAAUGUGAAAUUGUUGAAAGAAGUUGCAAAGUCAAUAAAAAAACAUUGUCCCCAAGCUUUUGUAGUAGUAACAACAAGUCCUGUUGAUUGUAUGGCUAAGGUUUUACAAGAACAUGCAAAUAUACCUCCUCACAAAAUUUGUGGAAUGGCGGGUGUUCUUCAUAGUGCCAGAUUGAGACAUAAUUUGGCUGAGAAGUUGAGAGUUAAUCCGGGAGAUGUACAAGGAUUUGUGAUAGGAGCUCAUGGAGAUAAGAUGGUCCCCCUUCCAAGAUAUUGUUGUGUUAACGGCAUACCAUUAAGUGACUUUACAAAAAAAGGUGCGAUUACAGAAAAAGAAAUAAAUCAAAUAGUUGAAAAGACAAGAAAUACGGGCUUUGAAUUAUUAGAACUGUUACCAGAAGGUUCAGUAUGUUUUGCUCCUUCUUUAGCCAUUGUCGAAAUUAUAGAAGCUUAUCUAAAAGAUUUAAAAAGAGUUCUUGUUUGUUCAGUUUUGCUAAAUGGUCAUUAUGGGCACAAAGGAGUUUUUGCCGGUAUACCCGUAGUUAUAGGAGGAAAGGGUAUAGAAAAAAUAAUAGAACUUGAUUUAAAUACACAAGAAAAAGAACUGUUUGAUGAUUCUUUAAAACAUAUCAGUUAUUUAUUUGAUAAUUAUAAACAUGAAACAGUAGUAGAUGAUGAAAAUAAACCAAACUAA